AUGGACGUUGGAGAAAUUCCCGUUACAUAUCUCACACAUCUAAACGUUGCUUUUGGAUACAUUUCCCAGGACUUGAAAAUCACUAACAUGGACGGUGUACCAUCUGAAGUUUACAGAAAUGUAGGGAAUUUAAAGGCUCGAAAUCCCAGUCUAAAGAUUAUUAUUUCGCUGGGAGGCUGGUCAUUCAGCGACCCUGGUCCCUGGCGCAGCGUUUUCCCUACGCUGGCCGCUUCACCGAGUAACCGUUCCACGUUUAUUCAGAACCUGCUGGGAUUCUUGUCUGAAUACGGAUAUGAUGGAGUCGAUUUCGAUUGGGAAUACCCCGGUGCGGAUGAUAGGGGUGGUAGCGACGCGGAUGCUGCCAACUAUGUUGCCCUGCUUAAAGAUUUAAGAGAGGCCAUCGAUACUAGCACUAAGGAUUACAUUUUAACCUUUACUGCUCCCACAUCAUACUGGUAUCUGCGGCACUUUGAUAUCAAAGGCAUGGCAGCUUAUGCUGAUUGGAUUAAUCUCAUGUCUUAUGAUCUUCAUGGAACCUGGGAUAGCAAAAACCCGAUUGGAAGUCAAGUUCUUGCACACACUAACCUCACGGAAAUUGACCUAGCUUUAGACUUGUUUUGGCGAGCAGAGGUCAAGCCUUCUAGCAUUGUCUUGGGCCUAGCAUUUUAUGGCCGGACAUUUAAUCUCAAAUCUGCAUCUUGCUGGAAACCAGGCUGCCCCUUCAGUGGCCCUGGAGAUGCGGGUCAGUGUACUGGCACCGCGGGCAUCUUGUCAUACAGAGAGGUCCAAUCUAUCCUUGAUCGAACUGGUGCUACCUCAUACUUGGAUAAGGACGCAGCCGUCAGGUAUAUGGUAUAUGGCAAUGACAGUUGGGUUUCAUAUGAUGAUGAGACUACAUUCCAAACCAAGAUUGACUAUGCCAAUAAACUUGGCCUCUCAGGGCUCUUGAUAUGGGCCCUCGAUCUUGAUAGCAGCGGACUCGAUGCGCUCAGAGCCGUCUCAGGCCCUAUUGGCCCCGCUGGAAUUGACAGCUCGUACUCGCUUGUUGAUCUUAAGAACUUGUUUCCAACGGAAGACCUUCCUCUCUCAGGCACUAGGCCGGAAUUUGGUUUUGUUCCAUUUGGCAGCAGUGGUUCUUUAGCUGACCCAAGCCCUGAUUCUGGGCCAUUCGGCUUUCUCUUAAUUGCAGGCGACUCGCAUGUUAUCGCAAAAUUGAGGAAGAGAGACGGUGAUCCCGAGCCCAUGGUUUUUCUUGAUUGCCCCUUCGGUGUUAAAGACCAACCGAAAGAUAAAGCACAAACGGCCAGAGUAACAUGCCUAAGUGAAGAUUUGAGAGAGUGCUUCCGUGUGUUGGAACGUGGGGUUGAAGGCACUAUUGUCGAGAUGCCAGACAAUAGUCUACUACAGUGCGCUCCGAAUAUGUUCGCUAGAGCUAUUUCUCUAGAAAUUUCAGUUGAUCAGUCAAUCCCUCCAAGUGUAGGCAGGGCUCCCACCUCUCCCGUCUAUGACUUUUCUUUUGACUUCAACCUCGGCCUUAUGAGAAGAGACACAAACAAUACAAGCAUUCGAGUGGAUUACUCCAACGUUAAAGGCUACUGGGACCAUCUUGUGGAUACACCUGGUAUCCAAAGCCGCGACGUCAACAGUCUAAAGUCUCGGUUUUUUGCUCCAACUACCGUUGACUGGAACUCAGUGUUUGAGAAAGAGUACUUUGAUUGGUCUCCUAGCGACGCUACAAAGAUUAAGGACGACUUAAACAGCAUUCUCUUUUGGCAAACUGCAAGAGAUUGUGAUAUCGAGGGCACAAGCUUCGGUGAAGGUUUCGGCGCUUAUGUCCAAGGCACUAUCGAUGCAGACUUCUGGUUUGGGUUUUCUAUGAUUGCCACGCUAAAGAAUGCUAAACUUAAUGUCGAUCAAGCCCAUGGUUUUCUUAAAGCAACUGGCAAGACAGAUCUGACCUAUGGCAUCGGAGGCGUUGGAGAUGUUGAUAUAUCCAAAGCUCGCAUGGGCAAUCCAGCCUUGAGUCAGGAAGACAUUGUUAACCUUAAAGGACACACUAUUAAUACUGCAACCUCCGGAGGACUCAUCUCUUUUAAUCCGUAUUAUAAGGUCAAGUAUGAGAUGGCUACACUAAAUGGAUCGGGUUCCCAAGACUUUUCAAGUAGUACGGUCACAUUUGAUGGACGAAUGACUACGCGCAUUGUUACAGACCUUGGCAAUUUCCAAGCCAACUUCCCCCCUCAAUCAGGUCCCUUCCAAGAGAUUAAUGACGAGAAGCGUCAGAAGAAUAAACUUUCCAUUCCUCAGGAUGACGUCCUCUAUGGUACUUCCUCCUAUGGUGGGCAGAUUGCCAUUGGUACAGUCCUCACCUUUGGAUUAGAGAUGAAAUUCCUGAUAUUUGGAGAUUUAUUCAAAUGGGUUCUUGGCACGCCCAAGCUGGAACUUGCAUACAACACUAUGGAAAUCUUUACAUUCUCUCAAGGGAAAGGGAGGGAUUCUGGAAGCGUGUGUACUGGCUACGACGUGACCACCAGUGUCUACCAAGUAGUUGACAAAGCCGAAUCUCUUGGUUGGGGUGAUAUUCCCAGCGAUGCAUUGGCAGAACUCACCUAUGACCGGCAAAAACCUACCGGGGAGCAUAAGUGUUAUCCAAAUAUAAAUAAGUCUCUACAGAAGAGAAACAGAUUAUUCCAUCAAAAUGCCUCUAAACCAACCACAGAGUCUACCUAUGGUGGGAUAUUUACCUCUACCCAUGAUCGCACAAAGAAUAAUGCCCAGAAUGAGUCUGGUGAGGAUGCCCUCCACUCUCGACAGAUAGGCUCAAUGGGUGGUUGGGGCUACGGGGGAGACGCAUUCAUUAAUCCAAAUCUCUAUUUCGGAGAAACUCGGGGCCUCCUCACAUUUGGCGACGCCGAGCGCAAGACUAAAUUUCCAUGUGUGGAUGGAAUGUCCUGCGGCUAUGAUGACGAAGAAGGCAACCGGUGCUGCGGAUGCGCCUCGAUGGACUUUCGCUAUGGUCUUUCCGAUAUGCCACCCUGCUCUAUUUGUGAACCGCACCCAGACCCGUGGCUGGAUUCACAAACCAUCCUGAGAAGAGAUGAGCAGGCCAACACUGAUUGGUUCUCUCAAAUCGACAAACGAAAACCCAACGUGGCGAGUAUGGGGUUCAAGAAAAUUUCAAUUUGCAAGAGCGAUUAUUUACCAAAACAGCCGUAUAAAUAUCCUUCUUUUCCUAAUCAAGCGACCUUUCCUUGGGACGGCAUUCAAAACGGCAAAUGGGAUACAGUAUCCAAGUAUUGGGGCAACACAUCGGCUUCUUGCACAAAUUGGAAUGCGGGCAACGUCAUGCCAGCAGAUACCAUAUAUAUUCCCAAUGGGCUCGGAGGAUCCAUCCCGGUAAGGCCACCUUACGAAACUGAGCACCCGUUUGAAGGCCAGCUUAUCGCCGACUUCUUCAACUUUUGGUUGAUGAAGGGGAGAUUGAACGACAUCGAUCCGACAGUGCACUACUCCCCGCCACUGGCUGACUGCACUUUCAUUGAUGCCUAUAUCAACGCCCCGAAUCACUUGGACAGAUUGGCAAUCUUUCUGGCAAGACCCAAUCACAGAAAGGGCGGUAUAUUCAUGGGAAACAAAGUAGUAGAUAUGAAGAAGUUCAAACAACAGACUGCGGAAGAGCAGCUCCUAGUAGCUAAAGAAGUUGGUCUAGUCUUCACCUACCUCAACUCACCAGAAAUCUGGGACAUGUUUUGUGCUUCAUACGAGGCCAUGUAUGAUCAUAUGGGCUUCUAUGACAGUUGGUACUCUGUCAAUGGUCCAGGUAUCAUAAUAAACUUCCAGGCUGAAUGGAAAAAGUAUAUUCGCACCGCUCUAGACGCAGCCGUGACCCGCUCGCGGACUGCGUUCGAUAACAUGUAUCAGCAGCAGUAUGUUUUCUCUCACGCCCCUAAACGCUGA